AGCAUUUUGACAUCAGCACCCAGCAGCAAGGUGGUAACCUCCAGAUCCCUUCGAUUGUUGUGUCAGAGAUGGAUUUAAGUGCAUCAGAGGACCAUGACUCGAGGAUCGAGCUGCGGAGAUCUUCCUUGUAUAGCACAUUAGACCAGGUGCCACAGCUGGAGCAUUAUGCUAGUACCCUGCCACGGCAGCAAGCAAGGAGCCGACCUUCACUGGGAACUCUUCGCAGGGUAUCUCAGGAAGUGGAGGCAGGGAUGGAGAUGCCUAACAUUGCCUCAGACUCAGGAGUUAGCGGUCUGCCAGUGACUGACAGUGGGAAUGUAGAGUCAGAAGUUCUGAAGGAGAAAGCUCCUGUAAGAUUUGGCUGGGUGGUUGGUGUCCAGAUGCGUUGCAUGCUGAAUAUCUGGGGAGUCAUCCUGUUUCUCCGCUUGUCGUGGAUCACUUCUCAGGCAGGCAUCUUGUUGACCUGCCUUAUUGUCCUGAUGUCUGUGACGGUGACCAUAUCAACUGCUCUCUCUAUCUCUGCCACUGCCACCAAUGGAAGAAUAAAAUCAGGUGGUACAUAUUUCAUGAUCUCCCGCUCUCUGGGUCCUGAGGUUGGCGCACCAAUUGGGCUGAUCUUUUCCUUUGCCAACGCUCUAGCUUGUGCGCUUAACACUGUGGGCUUUGCAGAGGUGGUUCGUGAUCUAAUGCAGGAUGACUUCGGUUCCGUCAUUAUCGAUCCCGUUAACACAGUACGUAUUGUGGGCGUGAUCACGGUGACUGUUCUUCUUCUCAUUUCACUGGCUGGCAUGGAGUGGGAGUCCAAGGCCCAGAUCUUGUUCUUUGUGGCACUCUUGGUCUCAUUUGCUGGCUAUUUGGUGGGCACCUUCAUCCCUCAGACGACAGCAAAACAAGCCCAGGGCAUCUUUGGAUACCGCAGUGACAUCUUUGUAUCGAACCUGACACCAGACUGGAGAGGCGCUGAUGGCGACUUCUUCAGGAUGUUUUCCAUUUUCUUCCCUGCCACCACCGGCAUCCUCUCUGGAGUCAACAUCUGUGGAGACCUCAAAGACCCUGCUACUUCUAUCCCCAAAGGCACCCUCCACGCCAUUUUCUGGACUACAAUCAGCUAUUUAGUUAUUCCGUUAACUGUUGGGGCAUGUGUGAUACGGGAUGCUUCUGGAAAUGUCAAUGACACUCUGACUGCAAACAGCACUGGGACCUGUGUGGGGAUGGGAUGUAACCUAGGCUGGAAUUUCACAGAGUGCACCCUGUCACAGUCAUGUCAGUAUGGUCUGGCCAACAAUUUAAAGGUAUUGUUCAGUCAAGUAGCAAAAGGCCCUUCCGCUUAUCCGGGACCGGGUCGUGCGCUCGGCUUCCUAGUGUCUGCUCCUAAAAUCUUUCAGUGUCUGUGCCGAGACAACAUAUACCCAUACAUUGGAUUUUUUGGAAAGGGUUAUGGGAAAAAUGAUGAGCCACUUCGUGCGUAUAUCCUCUGCUAUGUGAUUGCUGUGGCCUUUAUUCUCAUUGCUGAGCUGAACACCAUCGCAGCCUUGAUCUCCAACUUCUUCCUGUGUGCCUAUGGCCUCAUCAACUUCAGCUGCUUUCAUGCCUCAAUCACCAACUCACCAGGUUGGAGGCCUUCAUUUCACUACUACAGUAAAUGGUCGGCUUUGUAUGGAGCAGUGAUCUCUGCACUUCUGAUGUUCUUGUUUACCUGGUGGGCUGCGCUUGUCACUUUCGGCAUCAUCUUCUUCCUGUUAGGUUAUCUCCACUACACCAAGCCAAAGAUAAACUGGGGUUCAUCGGUCCAGGCAGGUACCUACAACAUGGCUUUGUCGUCCUCUGUCUCUCUUUCUGGAGUGGAGGAUCAUGUCAAGAAUUUUAGGCCACAGUGUCUUGUCCUGACUGGGCCCCCAAACCAGCGACCUGCUCUGGUAGACUUUGUUGGAUCCUUCACGGAGCACAUAAGCCUCAUGAUCUGUGGAGACAUCAUCAUGGAGCAGGAGAGGCAGACUCGACCACACGACGCCACAGACAGCAUGGUGAAGUGGAUGAAAAAGAGGAAGGUGUGCUCGUUUUAUACUCCUUUCACUGCAGAGAGCCUCAGAGUUGGAGCUCGACACUUGUUACAGGCCUCUGGUCUCGGCAAACUGAAGCCCAACACUCUGGUCCUGGGCUUCAAGUCAAACUGGAGGGAGACUGCUCCUGAAAGCACAGUAGAUUAUAUUAACACUAUAUAUGAUACCUUUGACCACAACUACAGUCUAUGUAUCCUGAGGAUGAUGGACGGCCUCGAUAUCUACAGCCACUAUGAAUUUGAAGUGAACCACGGGUUUGAGUCUGAUGAAUAUGCAGAAAAUGACCACAAGGAACAUAGUGAGAUGAAAUCAGACAAAGACGACAGCGAUCAGACCAGGACAGUGUUUCAGAGUGACCAGGGGAAGAAAACCAUUGACAUCUAUUGGAUCGCUGAUGAUGGAGGUCUGACUCUGCUGGUACCUUACCUGCUCACCAGGAGGAAACGCUGGAACAGCUGUAAGGUCAGGGUCUUCAUCGUGGGAGAUGAACAGAACAUGGACGAACGCCUCAAAGAGAUGAUCGCACUGCUGAAGAGAUUCCGUCUGGAUUUUAAUGACGUUAUUGUCAUGACUGACAGUGAGAAGCGUCCACACUCGAAGAACCUGAGUAGGUUUGUGGACAACGUUGCUCCCUUCAGGCUAAAUGAUGAACAGCAGGAUGGUAUCUCAGUGGAGGAGCUUAGACAAAGUGUCCCGUGGAAAAUAUCUGACAAGCAGUUUGAGGCCUUCAGACUUAAGUCUGAGAGAAAAGUGAGACUGAAUGAAAUCAUUCGGAGGAAUUCACAACAAGCUGCUCUCGUGCUUGUGAGCCUUCCUGUGCCACAGAGCGACUGCCCCAGUGUUCUGUACAUGGCCUGGCUGGAUGCUCUGACCUGCGGCCUCCACUGCCCUGCUUUGCUGAUAAGAGGAAACCAGCAGAACGUCCUCACUUUCUACUGCCAGUAAAUGUGUG